AUGCAGAGUCGGCUUCACGAUGAAGACACGUUCAUCGACCUGGGAAGCGGUGUGGGACAGGUGGUGCUGCAGGUUGCCAGCUCUACACCGUGUAAACUCUGCUACGGAAUAGAGAAAGCUGACGUACCCUACCUGUAUUCUGUUCAAAUGGACGUAAAUUUUAACAAGUGGAUGCAGUGGUAUGGGAAGACAUUUAGCGAGUACAAGCUGGAGAAGGGAGACUUCCUCUCGGAGGAGAUGAGGGAACGCAUAAACAAGGCUUCGAUUAUAUUUGUCAACAACUUUGCCUUUGGUCCGUCCGUCGACCAUCAGUUGAAGGAGAGAUUUGCCAAUCUGAAGGAAGGUGCCAAGAUAGUCUCAUCGAAAGCUUUCUGUCCUCUCAACUUCAAAAUCACCAACAGAAAUCUGAAUGAUGUUGGAUCAAUCAUGCGUGUGCAAGAAAUCAAGCCGAUGGGGGGAUCGGUGUCAUGGACUGGGAAGCCUGUCACCUACUACCUUCAUACUAUUGAUAGAACCCAGCGUGGAGCGAUACUUACAGAUUUCAUGUAG